AUGAGCGCAAAAGCCCCCUCUUACACCACGGAGAAGGGCUCGCCCGACUACUCGGCCGAUGUCCAAGCUACAAUCGUAUCCACGGGGACCGCAUCGGGCCUGCACCGCCGCCUCGCAAACCGCCAAAUCCAACUCAUCGCCAUCGGCGGCUCAAUCGGCACAGCCGUCUUCGUAUCCAUCGGCGCAGCCCUCGCAAAAGGCGGUCCGGGCUCCCUGUUCAUUGCAUACACAAUCUACUGCGGGUUCCUGGCAAUGGUCAACAACUGCCUGGCGGAGAUGUCGAUCUACAUGCCCGUGAGCGGAGGGUUUAUCCGGCUCGCGGGGAAAUGGGUCGACGAUGCGCUGGGGUUUGCGGCGGGCUAUAAUUUCUUCUUUUACGAGGCGCUCCUUAUUCCGUUUGAGAUUACCGCGAUUAAUCUGGUUCUUGGGUUUUGGAGGGAUGACAUCCCGCCUGCCGCGGUUUGUGCUGCUUGCAUUGUGCUCUACGGCCUCUUAAACGUCUUGGCCGUAAAAGCCUACGGCGAAUCCGAAUUCUGGCUCUCCGGCGGCAAAAUCAUCCUCAUCUUCAUCUGCUUCUUCUUCACCUUCAUCACAAUGGUCGGCGGCAACCCGGCUGGCGACGCCUACGGCUUCCGCUACUGGAACAACCCGGGUGCCUUUGCCCAAUUCCGCACAUCAGGUGACCUCGGCCGCUUCGAGGGAUUCCUCGCCUGCGUCUGGUCUGCGGGAUUUGCGUGCGUGGGGCCCGAGUAUAUAUCCAUGGUCGCUGCUGAAGCGAAGCAUCCGCGACUGUAUAUCAAACGGGCGUUCAAGACGGUAUAUUGGCGCUUCGGCGCGUUCUUCAUCGGGUCUGCGCUCUGCGUCGGGAUCGUCUGUUCGCAGAUGGAUACUUCUCUUCAGGAGAUUCACAUCGAGGGGACGGCUGAUGGAUCUGGAUCUGCCGCGGGUUCUCCGUAUGUGAUUGCCAUGACAAAUUUGGGGAUCGACGGGUUGCCGCAUGUUGUGAAUGCGCUGCUCAUUACGUCGAUUUUCUCCGCGGGGAAUACAUAUACCUACACGGCAACGCGAAUCCUCCACUCACUCGCCCUCGAGGGCCGCGCACCCCGUGUCCUGCGGACAUGCACGAAAUCCGGCGUCCCCAUUUACUGCUUCAUCAUCGUCAUGGCCUUCCCCUUCCUCUCGUUCCUGCAGGUCUCGUCUUCGUCAAAUACAGUCCUCACCUGGCUAACGAACCUGAUUACCGCCGGAGGCAUCAUCAACUACAUCAUCAUUACCACAACAUACCUCUUCUUCUACCGUGCGACAAAAGCGCAGGGCUUCGACCGGACAACGCUGCCCUACACAGGCUGGUUCCAGCCGUAUUCUGCAUGGCUGGGUCUCGCGUGGAUGACCACCGUGGUCUUUUGCUACGGGUAUGCGAGCUUCAAGCCGUGGAGUGUUGAUGGUUUCUUUACGAAUUAUACGAUGGUGGGCGUGACGCCUCUUUUGUAUGUGGGCUGGAAGUUGAUUAAACGGACCAAGUUUGUUAAACCCCACGAGGCGGAUCUUGUUUGGGAGGCGCCGGAGAUUACAAAGUAUGAGGAGGACUUGUCGAUCGUUGAGCCGCCGACUGGGUUCUGGGAGGAGAUGCUUGGGCCGUUGAAGCGGAGGAAGAACGUAAGGUCUCAGGAGGUUUAG